AUGACUCCAAACUCUCGAGCACCGGCAUCUGCAGAGUCAGGGACCUUCACCCGCCUUGGUCCACUGCCUAAUUCCUACACCUCUGACCUCGGUCUCCAGCGGAUGCUAGGAUGGUAUCUCCCCGCAGAAACCUUGAAGAUGGCUGAGCCCCAUCUGGGCAAAAUGGGCGAAGAGGCCGUUUCGCCGCAAAUCACUGCAUGGAAUGCCGAUGCAGAGGUCAACCAGCCGUAUGUCAAGAAAUACAACGUCUGGGGCGAGAGGUAUGGGUAUGACAGAUUGAUCACGACAGAGGGAUGGAAGAAGCUGGGUAAAUGGGGUGCUUCGAAUGGGGUUGUUGCUUUGGGUUAUGAUCGCGCUUACGGUAAUGACCGGCGCACUGUGCAAUAUGCUGCGGUAUAUCUGUUUGCGCCGUCAUCGGCCAUGUAUAGGUGUCCCCUGAGCAUGACGGACGGAGCGGCAUUCAUACUGUCGCAGCGCCUGAAAGACUUCUCCAGUGACCAUAUCCUGCACACUGUAUUCAAAAGAUUAACAUCGACCGGUGACGACAACUGGACAUCCGGGCAAUGGAUGACAGAAAGAGCUGGAGGAAGCGAUGUCCAGAACACAGAGACAUGGGCUACUUACGACCCUUUGCCCAGGGGAUCGCAAUCAUCUGAUCCCCUUGCAGAGGGCGACUACCUGAUCGACGGGUUCAAGUUCUUCUCCUCUGCUACCGACGCCAAUGUUGCAUUCCUGCUGGCCAAGACAGAGUCAGGAGAACUGAGCACCUUUAUCGCGCCUUUGCGACGAACAAUUGUCGGACCCGAUGGAAAGCCAGAAGAGCUAUCUAACGGCGUACACAUCCACCGCCUGAAAAACAAGCUCGGUACCAAAGAACUACCAACCGCCGAACUCGAGCUGAAGGGGAUGCGUGCCCACCUAGUCGGCGAGCUGAACCAGGGCAUCCGCACCAUCGCUCCGCUGCUGAAUGUCACCCGCAUCCAGACAUUGCUAGGAACACUAUCGACCUGGCGCCGUGCCAUUGACAUCGCAAAGAACUUUGCUAAGUGUCGUACUACCGUCGGCGAGCCCCUGUGGCUGAUCCCCAUGCACCUGCGCGUUAUUGCGGAUUUGGAACUCAAGCACCGUGGUGCUAUCAAUCUCGCGUUCCUUGCCAUUGCAGUCAUGGGCCUCGUCGAGAAUGACCAGAGCGCCCCCGCCAGACAACCGCAUCUGCCUAAGGACCUUGCUGAGGCAAAGGUCAUUUUCCGCGUCCUCACGGCUAUAUGCAAGGGCACUGUUAGCAAGAUGUCCAUCGUCGGCGUGCAAGAAUGCCAGGAGGCAAUGGGUGGAGUUGGAUACAUUGACGAGCCGGACGAGCCUGAGUUCAACGUCUCGCGCCUCCUCCGCAGCGUGGCCGUUUAUCCAAUCUGGGAGGGCACGACGAAUGUCCUCGCCAGUGAGCUGGUCCGGUUUCUAAUCAAACAGGAUCAUCUGGCCGUGUUGUCUGGGUGGUUCCGUCGAGUCCUCUCAUUGAUCCAAACGCCCGCGCUGGCGGAUGCAUUGAAGCAGGCCUUUGCUUCGUUUCUUGCGCGCGUGCAGUCGACCCCGAAGGCUAACUUGCUCUCUGACGCUCGGAGAGUCAUGUUUACCUUUACGUGGAUACUUUCUGGGGCGCUCUUGGCGUUGGAUGGUGAACGGGAUGGAGAUGGGGCUGCGAUGGAGAUUGCGCGCAGGUGGACUUUGCACGGCGAGGGGGGUGUAGGUGAGCACGUCUUCCGGGACAUUGUGAAGCCGUACGGGUCCUUUGAAUUGGGCUCGGCCGAUGAGCAUGCGCGAUGGGACUGCAGGAUUGCGUGGGGGGUUGAAUUGCCGGCUAGACAGGCCUUUGGGCAUAGGUCGUUGAGCGAGGUGUCCAAGCUCUAG